AUGUACAAACUCGCAGGAUUGUCGAAGGACAGGCGAGUGCAUUCCUUUUACAGCGGGAGCAACGCUAUCUCGGCAGCCGUGGUAGUGGUAUCCAUGCUAAGGCCUGCUAAAGCUCGCCGUCUCAUCAAUCGGGACAGUCUCCGCGGGCUUUUCUGGCCGUACCGCUCGGUUAGCUUUGUGUGCUACACGGCAGCACUCGCAGGAUCUUCGAAGCGCAUGAGAGCAGAAGGGGGCGAUGCCGACGUUGAGCGCACAAUGUUGAGCAUUCCAGCUGCUUGCACGUAUGCACAGGUUGGUGCCUCGACGAGGAUGCCGGAGCGCGCUUGUAUUGAGAUACUCGAGGCCGCCAUCACGGAAAUUCAGAAUCCUCAAGUUUACGGAUCAUCCUCAUCCCCGGGACACGGCUCAAUUGCAAGGACAGUUGCUAGCCGACUCGAUCAGGGACGCCAGGUCCAGCACAAUUUCAACCUCCGACUCACUCCGCCGCCACCGGAGUUGCCGUAUGUGCACUCCUGGGCCGGCCCUGCGACCGCGAAUCCCAAUCCCAACGAGCAAGCUCGUCGCCGUCGACGCUGCUAUCGCGAGCAGGCCGCGAGACGUGCACGCGAGCAUGGGCGACGAUUGGGGGAUGUUUGCGGAGGCGAGGAGAAGGCCGAGAGGGAGCGUGCCGGGCCCGGCGGCUCGAAGCCGGCGCAAUAA